CCUACAUUGUUUACUUCCACUCCGCCAUUUGCUUCUCCUGCUUCCUUCGAGUUCCAGACUUCCGCCAUAAGCCUGCGAACCAUAUCAACUCCAGGUUGUGUUCUGAUUGCCGGAUUUCAAUUGACUUGACACCAAGCCACAACACGCCGAGCCGCCUAGGACGCCCAUCAUGGAUGCCAUCAAGUCUGUUUUGAACAUCGGCUCCGGCAAGCCCGCCGCGACUGAGCCCUCUGCUGAGCAGCUCGCCCAGCUCAAGGAGAAAUACGCCAAGGCAGGGCAGGACCAGGUGUUCACCUUUUAUGAUGAGCUCCCCACCUCCGAGAAGGCCACCCUCUUCCAACAGCUGUCCGGUUUCGACCCCGAGCACAUCAACAAGAUCACCGAUCGCGCCUUGAACCCUCCCAAGACCGACGAUGCCUCCGCCCAGUCCGGCCUUGAGCCGUUGCCCGAAUCCGCUACCGCCAGUAUCCUCGACUCGAGGCCCGAAGACAUUGAGAAGUGGUAUCAGUCGGGUCUCGAUCUGAUUGGGCAGAACAAGGUGGCCGUUGUGUUGAUGGCAGGCGGUCAGGGAACUAGACUAGGCAGCUCUGCACCCAAGGGUUGCUACGACAUCGGUCUUCCCAGCCAUAAGUCGCUCUUUAAGAUCCAAGCCGAGCGUAUUCGCAAGGUGCAGGAGCUUGCGGCCAAGAAGGCCGGUACCAGCAGUGCGGUUGUCCCUUGGUACGUCAUGACAUCCGGCCCCACUCGCGGCCCCACGGAGCAGUACUUCCAGGAGAACAACUACUUCGGCCUCGACAAGACCAACGUCUUGAUCUUUGAGCAGGGCGUGCUGCCAUGCAUCUCCAACGACGGAAAGAUUUUGCUCGAGUCCAAGAGCAAGGUCGCCGUAGCCCCCGACGGAAACGGAGGCAUCUACCAGGCGCUCGUUGUGUCGGACGUCAUGGGUGACAUGCGCAAGAGGGGCAUUGAGCACAUCCACGCCUACUGCGUCGACAAUUGUCUCGUCAAGGUUGCCGACCCAGUCUUCAUUGGCUUCUCCGCCUCCAAAGACGUCGACAUCACCACCAAGGUCGUGCGCAAGCGUAACGCCACCGAGUCUGUCGGUCUGAUUCUGCUCAAGAACGGCAAGCCCGACGUUGUCGAGUACUCCGAGAUUGACCAGGAGACGGCGGAGGCUCAAGACCCCAAGCAGCCUGGCGUCCUCAAGUUCCGCGCCGCUAACAUUGUCAACCACUACUACUCCUUCCGCUUCCUCGAAAGCAUUCCCCAGUGGGCGCACAAGCUUCCUCACCACAUUGCGCGCAAGAAGAUCCCGUACGCCGACCUCAAGUCCGGUGAGACGAUCAAGCCCGAGAAGGCCAACGGCAUUAAGCUGGAGCAGUUUGUCUUUGACGUCUUCCCCAUGCUGGAGCUCAGCAAGUUCGCUUCCAUGGAGGUGAAGCGUGAAGACGAGUUUUCGCCGCUCAAGAACGCCAGCGGCACAGGCGAGGAUGACCCCGACACUAGCAAGCGCGACAUCAUGCUCCAGGGCAAGCGCUGGCUCGAGUCUGCCGGUGCCACCGUCACUGGCGAGACCACCGAAGUUGGCGUCGAGGUCUCGCCUCUCUUCAGCUACAGUGGCGAGGGAUUGGAGAAGUUUAACGGCAAGAAAAUCAAGGCCCCUGCUGUUUUGGAGAUUGAGUAAAUGCGCGGAGCUUAAUGAUAUGGAACGAUGGGCAUUGGAGACAGAACAAUGAGGUUUGAUAUUACCAUCCGGGUUGAUGGAUUCAGCAACGGAAAGAGCAAGCCGUGCAGCUUGGAAAUCCAAUUGACGCCUAUAUAUAAAAGUAUUGAUGAUUUUUUCAACUCUAUUGCAUGUGACGAAGGUUGUGUAUAGCGGAGAAAAAUAAAUGGCUGGUGAAGAGGAUAUCAUGACGAACCGAAUCACUACAUGCGACAACAAGUCGAUCCGCGACGUACAGAACUAAUAUGUCAUUCACUCUCCUCUAGAAAGGUCUGUAGCUGAAAGGUGCAACACGUAUUCGAACACACGGGAAAAUUGUCUUUUUUCGUUCUAGAAGCGGUUGACUUUGCUUGUCCGAGGCUAGGUUGGCCCUCCAUGGGCGAACCCAUGAUUGCACCCUGUGCCUGGGCCCGGUGGAUGGAACCAUCCAGUUUAGGAUUGGACGAACAUGGCAGCCAUGUCCAGCUACAGUUCUCAGUUGAUCCCAAUGAUUCUUUUCUUCCUUAUUUUAU